UUCACGCAAAGGAAGCACACACAUGCUUGACGAUUUCUCCUGUCCUGAUUGUUUGUGUUGGAAUCUUCAAGAUCAUGCAUUUGUGAUUUUUGUUUUAAUGUUUUUCAAGUAGAGGUUUCUGAGUGAGACCGAUUGGACUGAACUUUGAGGUGUAUCCAUUCUAGCUCAAGAUGUAUGCCUUCCAUAAGCAGAUCCAUCCACCUACAGGCAUUGAACACUGUGCAUAUUGUAACUUCUUCUCGGCUAAUGAGAAGAGUCUUCUAGUUGCUCAAGCAUCGGAGCUUACUGUGUACAAACUGCUCAAAGAUGUGGAGACAACGGCGAAAGCACCCGAGAAGAAUAUUGAUGGAUCAAUAAUCAAGCCUAAGAGAGAAAAGCUUGAGCAUCUGAUGACCUUCUCUUUGUAUGGCAAUGUGAUGUCAUUACAAACUGCAGCGCUAUCUGGCAAUGGAAGGGAUGCUCUUCUAAUCAGCUUCAAAGAUGCCAAGCUUUCAGUUGUUGAGUAUGAUCCAAGCACACAUGACUUGAAGACGCUUUCUAUGCACUACUUUGAAGAAGAGGAUCUGAAGGAUGGUUUGUACCGAAACAUUCAUAUUCCUUAUGUACGAGUUGAUCCUGAGAAUCGUUGUGCUGUUAUGUUGGUUUAUGGAUCCAAACUUGUAGUCCUUCCUUUCAGUAGAGGAGAUACUCUUGUUGAAGAAACAGAACAAGUCACUAAGAAGAAUGCAGUUUUACCGAGCUAUGUGAUCAAUCUAUCUGAACUAGAAGAACAUGUAUUGAACGUUGUGGAUAUUCAAUUCCUACAUGGUUACUAUGAACCGACAUUACUUCUUCUUUAUGAACCGUUACGAACAUGGCCUGGUCGUAUUGCUAUGAGACACGACACAUGUGCUAUGGUUGCAUUAUCAUUGAAUCUUGGGCAGAAAGUUCAUCCAGUCAUCUGGGCAUUGAAUGGUCUGCCGUAUGACUGUGUACAUGUGUGUGCUGUACCCAAACCAAUAGGUGGUGUGUUGCUUCUAGCAGUCAAUUCUCUUCUAUACCUGAAUCAGAGUAUUCCUCCUUACGGCGUUUCACUCAACUCAAUCACAGAGCGGAGUACAGCGUUUCCUCUCAGACCACAAGAUGGUGUCUGCAUCAGCUUAGAUUGUGCUCAAGCCACUUUCAUCUCUUAUGACAAACUAGUUUUGUCUCUUAAAGGAGGAGAAAUCUACGUACUGACGUUGUUAAUUGACUGUAUGCGAAGUGUAAGAGGUUUCCAUUUUGACAAAGCUGCUGCCAGUGUAUUAACCUGCUGUAUUUGUUCAUUGGAUGAAGGAUAUCUGUUUCUUGGUUCGCGUCUUGGAAACUCUCUCUUAUUGAAGUAUGCAGAGAAAGCAACAGAUGGAAUCACUACAGAUAUUGUUAAGAAAGAGAAAGAUGAUGAAAAGAAAGAGGAUGAACCACCUGUGAAGAAGAUUCGAAGUGAUGAUGCAAGUGACUGGAUGGCGAGUGAUGUAGCGUUAGUUGAAGAUCCAGAGGAGUUAGAGGUAUAUGGAAAGGAAACCGUGCAGAGUACCAGCUCUAAUGUCAUGACCUUUGCAUUUGAGGUGUGUGAUAGUUUGAUCAAUAUUGGACCAUGUGGUAACAUGACCAUGGGGGAACCAGCGUUCCUUUCUGAUGAGUUCCAGAACAGUUUGGAUCCUGAUCUGGAAUUAGUGACAUGCUCGGGUUAUGGCAAGAACGGAGCUCUAUCUGUUCUACAGAGAACUAUCAGACCCCAGGUUGUAACAACCUUUGAACUGCCUGGAUGCUUGGAUAUGUGGACUGUUAUUAGAAAUAAACCAGUGAUAACCAUCAAGAAAGAGAAGAUGGAGGAGGGUGAGACAGAAGAACCUCCAGCUGAAAAGGAUGAAAGUCAGACGCCGACGGCAACGACCAUUGGAGACAAGUCAGAGUUGACUAAUAGUCAUGCUUUCCUCAUCUUGUCAAGAGAAGACUCUAGUAUGGUGUUACAAACUGGCCAGGAGAUAACUGAGCUUGAUCAUAGCGGGUUUAGUACCCAGUCUCCUACAGUGUUUGCUGGUAAUGUAGGAGAGAACAAAUACAUAGUACAGGUGUCACCCUCAAGCGUCAGGCUCAUGGAAGGAGUUAAUCAGCUGCAGCAUAUUCCUCUGGACUUGGGAUCCGAUAUUGUCUUAUGUUCACUGAGUGAUCCAUAUCUAUUAGUCAUGACGGAGCGAGGUGAUCUGAUGCUACUGACAUUAAAAGCUGAUCAGUAUGGAUCUGGGCAUCGGCUUAGUCUUACUAAACCUCAUCUUACUCAGAAAAAUCCCAUCUUGUCGCUCUGUACGUACAAAGACACUAGUGGAAUAUUCACUACAGCUGGUAGUAGAACAGAUACAGUAGAACAAGCUACAUCAGUACGUAGGCCUCGUACCCAGAGUACAUCACAGACAGAAGCAACAUCAAUGGAUACAAGCAGUGCGGAUGAUGAAGACGAAUUACUUUAUGGAUCCUCAGAACCUCAAGCUCAAGUUACGUCCAGUCCAGUCGUCAAGACAGAGCCAAGCUCCGAGCCUGAGCCUGUUGAGGAUGUUGUCGAGGUACAACCAUUGACCGCUGAAGUAGACAAUAGUCAACCUACGUAUUGGUCUGUUAUAUGCAGAGACAAUGGUCUAAUGGAGAUCUACAGUCUUCCAGAUUUCAAUCUGAUGUUUCUUGUGAGGAAUUUCCCGAUGGCCCAGAAGGUGUUGGUUGAUAGUGUACAAUCAACUGCAACUACAGAUCAAGGUCAGCAGCAUGAUAUGCUUCCUACUGUCAAGGAAAUCAAACUAUUUGGACUUGGACACAAGAACAGUAGACCCUUCCUCAUGGCAUUGGUUGAUGAGGAUUUAUUAAUCUAUGAAGCAUUCUGUUACCAAUCAGCAUCAGAUGUCUCACAUCUUAAACUUAGAUUUAAGAAGGUAUCUCAUGAUAUCUUGAUUAAGGAGAAGAAGAAAGGUAAGAAGCAAGCCAAGACAACUCCAGCCGUUCCAGAGACGUCUCGUUAUGUUUCCAAACUCAGAUACUUUGAAGAUAUUUCAUCUUACUCAGGGGUGUUUGUAUGUGGACCGUAUCCUCAUUGGAUUUUUGUCAAGUCUCGUGGUGCAUUGAGAGCUCAUCCAAUGCCUAUAGAUGGCUCAGUGUCAUGCUUUGCAGCUUUCCAUAAUGUCAACUGCCCUCAUGGGUUCCUCUACUUCAACAGACAGGGUGAUUUAAGGAUAUCUGUUCUGCCAACCCAUUUAUCAUAUGAUGCUCCAUGGCCAGUUAGGAAAGUUCCGCUUCGAUGCACUCCUCACUUUGUUACUUACCAUGUAGACAGUAAGACAUAUGCUGUAGUAACAAGUAGUCUGGAGCCGUUAAUGAAGAUCUGGAGGUUGGGUUUUGAUGACCAAGAGUUUGAAGAAGCAGAAAGAGAUGAGAGGUUUGUCGCUUCUCAAAAGGAUCGCUUUUCAAUCCAGUUGUUUUCUCCUCUCAGCUGGGAUGCAAUCCCAAACACAAGGAUUGAGUUUGAUGAAUUGGAACAUAUCACAUGUUUGAAGAUGGUGAAUCUAAACAGUGAGGGAUCAGUCACUGGAAAGAAGGGAUUUAUUGCUGCAGCCGCCACCAGAGUCUUCAGUGAAGAUGUGCAGUGUACUGGCAAGGUUUUCAUAUAUGAUGUUAUUGAAGUAGUGCCAGAACCAGGCCAGCCACUCACCAAAAACAAAAUAAAGGUGUUGUAUGAGAAGGAACAAAAAGGUCCAGUUUCAUGUAUCUGUGAUUGCAUGGGAUAUCUAUUGACAUGUGUAGGCCAGAAGGUUUAUUUAUGGACCUUCAAAGACAACGAUCUUCUUGGCUUAGCCUUCAUUGAUACUCAAAUCUACAUCCAUAAUGCAAUCAGUGUCAAGAAUUUCAUCUUGGUAGCUGACGUUACUAAGAGUAUCUUCCUCUUACAAUACCAGGAAUCGGAUAGAACCAUCGCACUCGUUAGCAGGGAUUCUAAACCAUUACAAGUCUACAGCUGUGAGUUUAUGGUUGAUGAUUCUCAACUAGCAUUUCUUGCAUCUGAUGUUGACAAGAAUCUGAUUUUAUAUCACUACCAUCCAGGAGCUCGUGAGAGUUGUGGUGGAACUCGGCUCUUACGUAGAGCAGAUAUUAAUAUUGGCAGCCAUGUUAAUACCUUUGUGCGUGUUCGAUGUAAGUUGAGUGAUCCUGCAUCUAGUAAACCAAUCUCAGGUCCAGCUGAACGUAGACACACUGUUAUAUAUGCAUCUUUAGAUGGUAGUCUUGGUCUGCUGCUUCCAAUGACAGAGAAAGUCUACAGACGUCUUCUUAUGUUGCAAAAUGCUUUGACUACUAGUGUCAUGCAUAUGGGAGGACUCAACCCUAGAUCACACAGGCAUAUUGUAUCCCAUCAACGUAUGCUGAGUAACCCACAUCGUAAUAUUCUAGAUGGAGACCUCCUGUAUCGAUAUACCUACCUCAGUGUAGUAGAGAAGAAUGAAUUGGCUAAGAAGAUUGGUACCACAGUAGAUCAGAUCAUGGAUGACUUGAUGGAUGUAGAGAGAUUAACAACACAUUUCUAAGAUGACAUCCUUGAGACUAAAGUCUUCACAUUCCAAGACAUGUUGAUAUUUGAUGCUUUAAUACUGGAGCGAUUUACUUCUACCACACAGCUUCAGUUGACAUCGAUGUCAAUGCCAGGAUUAGUUCUAGAUUCAGUAGACAUUUAAGAAUGAAAACUUGUACUAAAAAUCACUUGUCAUACUAUAUAAAUCGUAUGAUUUGGCCCGACUUCAUAGAGUUGCUUAAGCAGAAAGUAUUGCUUAACAAUGUUCUGCUGUCGUAGCAGGAAUGAGCAGGAUACCAGUA